UACAAGCUGCGGCCGUGCCUUGGCAGCGGGUACUGCGCAGGGUCCUGGCCCGAAUUGACUCCAACAAGCAACCGAAAUUGUGCGUCUCUCUUCAGAAGGUAUAAAAAGAGCCUGCAGAUGGCAUGCCGAGGAUUUCUGAAGAUCUCUCACCAUGCUGUGCAUGAUCUCCCGGCUCACAAUCACUCCAGACAGCCCCACGUAUUCGAGCUGCCUCGAAGGCUUGCCAGGCAAACCCUACACCUCAGCCCAUCGCAACUUCGCUCAUCUGCAGGAUUCGGAGCCGUAAUUGGUCCAUCCUCUUCGCCUCAGGAAGGCCACAGCUACGAGCCCCUUGAGGACACUUCGUCGCUGACACGCGAGCUGCGCUCGUAUCUCUCUCAACAGGUCGUCUAAAUUACAAAGAUCUGGAAUCAAGUCCUUCCACACCCGCCAGUACUCACCUUGUCGCUUCGUCAUCACCCGCACUCACCACCUGUCGGGAACGCU